CACGCUUUCAAAAGUCAAAAAGUCACACGAGGUUUAGACUCUGUGGCAGUUGCUAGGGUAGAUAGUUUUGUGUCCGCCUCGUGUGAUUUAAUGAAUUGACCCUAGGGGCGUUGAUGAAAGGACCGGGUCGUCACCCUUAAAAUAUAGUCGUCCUCUUUAUUCUGGAACCACAAGUCGUGAUGUUACGAGGAUAGAAAACCUACCUUCGCAACCGUGAUAAUAGGAACUCUGCUUCUCCAAAGAUCGUUCAUUCCGUUUUGUUCGUUACACGUUAGUAAAAUUAUAAUUCUCAACAUGGAUGGAGUCACAGCUUAUGGCCUUUUGAGGAAAUUCCAGCAAUUGCAAGAGGAAAGGGUCCACACCUACAAGAUUUUUCAUGAAGGACAUAAGAUUUAUCUGAGCACUGGACCAAAUUAUGACUUUAUCCAGUUUCGUACACUUGUUCAAGACAUAACUCAAGACUUUAAGCGAAUCUCUGAAGAAAUCAUUAAAAUUGAGUGCCAAUUGAGAAAUAUGCAGCCUGAGCUGACAUUGCAUGUUAUCAAAGUUCAGGAUUAUGAGAAAAGGCAGCUAGAACUGAUGGCUAGAUUGCAAUUGGCUAAACAAGAGUUGCAAGACAUGCAACAUAUUGAGGAUGCUGAAAAUGAUAUUCUCAUGCGUGAAGUGCAUCACUUGAAGAAAGAAUUGGCUGUUGUUCAAGACAAGAUCAAUCAAAACAUGGAAGCUGUGUGUUACCAAUUGGCUGAUCUGAUGUAAUUUUUAUUUUCAUCACUGAAGAUUUUUCUCUUCCCACAUUUGCAUUAACCUGUUGACAAUCUAAAGAAAUACAGCAUCAUAAUGCUUCUAACUAAA